UAUGUAUAUAUGUAUGUAUGCAUGUUCAAAAUAUGUACGCAUUACAUAAUAAUGCUUUAAUUUCACAAGGAUAACCUCACAGUAACUGUUGAGAAUUUAAACAUUGAGAUCUGCUGGCAAUUCAUUGACAACAAAUAUGCAUAUAUUUGAAGUUUCCACAGAGUUUAACCUCAAAAACGGUUCCGGUUUCGAUAUGAAUGAAAGCUCCUAUGAAACUGAUUUAAAAUCACCUACUUGGACAGCAGACAUAGUGGAAAGGAUUAUGUCCGUAGCUGUCAUCAUGAUUGCAACGAUUGUUGGAAACCUAACUUUAAUCGCAGCCAUUUUCUGGAAACGUUCUCGUCUUGUAAAAAGAGUAAAUAUAUUUCUUGUGAACUUAGCCAUUGGCGAUUUGACGGUCGCAAUGAUUACAAUGACCACAGAAAUACUUUUUAUUGCAUUCGGGGAAUGGAUAUUGGGAGAAGUCGUCUGUAAGAUCAGCGUCUAUCUGCAGAUUGUAACAUUGGCAAGUACAACAUUUCUGAUGACUGGAAUGAGUAUAGAUCGAUACCAGGUGAUUGUCAAACCUCUGCAGUCCCUGAGAAAACGUCCAAAGAUCCGAACGAAAGUUAUUCUAGCCUGGGUCAUGGCGUUUAUAUUCGCAAUUCCACAGCUCUUGAUUUUUGUCCAAGUAAAGGAAACGAAAUCUGAUGGCAGCACACAGAUGAAGUGUGUCAGUAAAGGUUAUACAGACGAAUGGCAACGCAAAGUGUACUUCACCUUUCUCACGGCAUACAUUUUGGUCAUACCAGGAGCAGUGAUGUUUUAUUGUUACUCGAAUAUAACGCGUGUUGUGUGGAGCAGAGCAAAUCAUAUACCACAAAUAACCUAUAACAACAAAUCUAUACAAACGACGAACCGCAUUUCGAUAAACCAGUCUCUUGUUUCGGCCUCAAAACGGCGCGUAGUCACAAUGACUUUAACUGUGAUUAUUGGUUUUCUAACAUGUCUCACCCCAUAUUUCAUAGUGAACCUCAUUAGAAUAUACAGUAACUACACCAUAGGUAUGAAGAAAUCACUGCACGUUUCCGAAGCCAUCUUCAUGACACACAGUGCUCUCAACCCGAUCCUUUAUGGGAUAUUUUCAUUACGAAUGGAACAUUUCUACAGAGUCAUUAACGUCUGUUUAUGCUUUAUACCAGUGAAGAGCGUCAUAGAAAGGGACACAAGCGUGGACAGUCUAGGUCAUAUGAACACUUUAAGUAUGUUACAGAUUAGGUUUUCACGACUAGGAAACAGAAACGCUGUUCAAAGUAUAAAUCAAAAGAAACAAUCGUUCCAAAGGAAAAGUUUUCUGCGAAAGAACGUCGGUCAUGCAAUUAAGACUACGUUUCAUCCGAAAUCAAAUUCAGUUCAAACAACUUUAGACAAUACAAACCUGCGGCCGGUGGGUGGGCUAUCGCCUAAUGUCUAAACCUGCUUCAAAAUGGCAAAAACUAAAAAAAAGGAACCAAACAGAUAUAUCCCUCACCUGUCUUCGUUUUUCUGUAUAUACAUACACACAUACAUGCCUAAUAUAUAUAUAUAUAUAUAUAUAUAAUAUUAUAUUAUAUAUAUAUAUAUAUAUCAUAUCUAUAUAUAUAUAUAUAUGUUCAUUUCUUAAUCUUUCCUUACAAACUGGUCCUUUCUGAUAAACCUUUCGGAUUCACAGAGGAUACUAAUUCCAUAAUCCAAAUAAUCUCUUACAUAAUAUCUCAUAAUUGGAAAAGAAAUGGAAAAAAAAAGUAAUGUUAUCUGGAAGCUUAGGCAGGAGGAUGCGAGUGCCCGAAAGAAAGAGAAAGUAUAAAAAUAGAGAGAAGGAUGAGGGAGAGUGAUAAGUAC